AUGAUAAAUCGGCUUGCGACUUCCGAUUACAACUGGGAUGAGCGGCGAGACAGACAGCCAAUACUACAAAGAUACCAGAAACCGAAACUCUACCAAGAUAUUCCCAAUAGUGCACCAUUUCUGAUGUCGGAUGUUGCUCGAGUGAGACGAAGACUGGCGGAAAUAGCUCAUCAAAUGAGCAUUAUGAGAGAAACGCGACUGAACCUUACUACUGAAGAUUACCUGAGAACAAGAGCGGACCUCGAAACAUUCAACACAGAGGAAGAAGACACGAUGCUGGCGAUUCGGAAUCGUCUCAGUGACAUUUCAUUGACAACUUUCGAACCGCUUGCUACACCGACAGCGGAACAGAUGGCUACGAUGAAAGGCAGAAAUCGAACAAAUAACCACCUGAUUCUUUUUAAUGUGGGAGAAACUAGAAUAAUUGAACUGUUCACUCUCCAAACGGGCUUAUAUGACUUGAAAGCAGGGCGCGUUCUUCCUUCUACGAUGGAAACAACGACGACAUCCCAACUUCUGCCCAUAAGUUCCCAGGCUACGACAGCUCCGUUACCCGUUGUUGCAGAGAAGAAGCAAGAGGAAGCUAAGAAUAUAGUAGAGCCAACGGCUGCGGAAUCGAAGACGCAAGCGCAGCUUGCAGAUAGACGACCGGUCACAUCAGAAGACAAGAGCGAGAGGAAACAAGAGAGUGCGGCAAAGAUAGGUGAGUCGCAUGAUCUUUCCGAAAAUUAUAGUCAAUCUGAUGCCAAAACUCAUUGCAAAAAAAAAUAACA